UUUUCAUUAUUGCGGAAAGAGCUGAGCUGUGAAUCGCUUGCAGGAGAAGUGCGUAAUACACUAGAUAGUUUUGUGCUGUUGAAAACCUUUUAGAAUAUCAUAAGUACUUAUCUUGUAUAAGAAUUAUUAAGAAAUCUGUGAUACUGCCCUCCACACUCUCCAUUUUAUUUCUGAUUCAGUUGAUCAUUGACGGUGGACAUCGUGGUCUCUUAUCACUGAACAAAGUUUAAGAACUUACUGACCUUUGGAAUGGCAGACAACACUCCAUUGGAGAGAGUAAAUGGUUUUGCAAGGGAGGCAAGACGGAAGAGUACAGAGGCAUUGAUCGCUGGAGAAGGGGGUUCAAUGAAUGACGAUGAAAUGGAGUUACUAAGUCGACUAAGAGAAACCAUUGUUAAAAACCCUGGGGUGGAGUGGUCACAAGUGGUUGGCCUGGAAGAGACCAAAAAUGUUUUAAUGGAUGGAGUAAUAUUCCCCCAAAAGUUUCCAGAAUUGUCCACUGGAAAUCUAAAAUCUUGGAGAGGGAUAUUGCUUUUUGGGCCCCCAGGAACAGGAAAGACACACUUAGCAAAGGCAGUUGCAACAGAGGCAAACAAUUCCACAUUUUUCGCAGUCUCAUCAUCAGACCUGGCAUCCAAGUCGGUUGGAGAAUCUGAGAAACCUGUCAGAAUCCUGUUUGAACUGGCAAGAGAGCAUAAACCAAGUAUAAUUUUCAUCGAUUAUGUGGAUUCACUUCUUUAUUCACGCUCUUACAAUGAAUCUGAUUCAGCUAGAAGAAUCAAAGCUGAGUUUCUGGUUCAGAUGGACGGUGUUCACUAUGAUAACGAUGGCAUACUAGUUUUAGGGGCUACUGAUAUCCCUUGGGCGUUAGAUGCUGCUAUUCUAACAAUGUUUGAGAAGAGAAUUUAUAUUCCUCUUCCUGAAGAGCAAGCCAGAUUACAGAUGUUCAAAUUUUAUUUGAGAAAAAAUUCACACACUCUGGAAGACGAGCAUUUCAAAACACUGGCCGAGAGGACAGAAGGGUAUUCUGGUGCUGAUAUUAGUAUUGUUGUACGAGAUGCAUUGAUGCAGCCUAUAACAGAAAUGACAACUGCGACUCACUUUCGGCCUGUCACCGAGUCAUCCGAUAAACAUUCUAGUGUCAGUGGGGAGAACCUCCUUACACCUUGCUCAACAGAAUACCCUGGGGCUGUUGAAAUGUGUUGGAAAGAUGUGGAAGAUGGAAAGCUGUUUGACCCACCAAUCACAAUGGAACACAUGAUGCUGGCACUUGCCACUUCAAAACCAAGAGUGGAUGAUGAAUACAUGGCAAAACUAAAUAAAUUUGCAGAAGAUUUUGGUCAGUGGGGAUAACUUCGAUACAACUACUAUUUUCUCUUGUAUAAUACUUUAAAAGUUUUGGCGAUGGUACCCCUUUCAAAAUUUUUGCAAAAAUUUAAAAAUGAUUAUAAAUGUCAUGAAAAGCGAAAAUAACUAAAACUUUUCGAAAUAAACAAAAUUGAAUUCGGAAUAUUUAAAAAAAAGUUUAGUUUUUGCGCGUUUUAGACAGUUACCUAUUUUUUUCCCUUCUUCUUCCCCAAAAUACUCCCCACCAGUUCCAUGCGAGAACCGGUCUCUGCCGUACCCUGACUGUGACAGACUCGUUCUCUGCGGACUCGGUGUAUGCACGAUACGGUCUCUAUGACCCGGUCUCUGACGGUCCGUCUCUGAAACGACCGGGUCCAACAGGUAGCGGGUGAGAUAUAGACCGCGUGAGGCAGAGAUCGAGUCCGGCAGAGAACGGAUCUGGUAGGGAUUGGGUUGGGAAAUUUUUAAAAAAUGCUGGAAAUUGUCCAAAAAGCGCACAAAACCAAAAAUUUUCGAAGAUUUUUAAAAAAAAUUGAAGAUUUUUUUAGUUCUGUGAGCUUUAUAUAAAAUUUACAGCAUUUUUUAUUUUUUUGAGAAAUUUUGAAUUUUUUUUAAAAAUACUCCCCACCUCGUUCCCUACAAGAACCGGUCUCUGCCGGAUUUUGUCUCUGCCAGACUCGGUCUUACACGAUCUGGUCUCCGACCUGUGGUCUCUGCAAAGGCCACGACAGGCAGAGAACGGGUGGAACAGAGAACGAGUCUGGGGUAAACCGUGUGUGCCAGAGAUCGGGUACGGCAGAGAACGGUUGUGGUAGGAAUCGGGUUGGGAAAAUUUUGAAAAAGAUUUCCAAAAUAUGCUGGAUAUUGUCCAAAAAGCGCACAAAAUCAAAAUUUUGCGAAAUAUUUGAUUUUUUUUUUUGAAGUUGAAAUUCUCACGAUCUCAGUUUUAUGUUUGAUUUCAAGAAAUACUGUCUGAGUAGCAAGACGGUAACGCAGUUGACACUUUAAUAUGCACAGUUCUCAUGCUAUAUGAUGUGAGAUCCUUGACAGAAUAAUGAUGUAGUGAAAACAGAUGAAGAACAUCCCAUUCAAAUGUCAUGACACCAUGUAGCAUGUACAAUUAUAAUUGAUGAGUAUAACA